AUGUCAUUUAUUAAAUCUUCUCGAUAUUCUUCUAAAAAAAGUUUUUCUUAUGAAAAAGAAUUAUCAUCAACAACUACACAAAUAAAUAAAAACAGAGAUGAAAUAAUAAAAAACAAAGUAUAUUGCCCUAUUGAAUUAAAAAAUGUUUAUAAACUUUUAGAAGAUAGUGAUAAAUUAUUAGCAAAAAAAGGUUAUAAUUUAGAUGAAUUAAUAUUACACAAUAAUAAAAUAAGUGAAUUCAUAACUUUAUGCGAGAAUUAUAAAGUUAAUAUUAAUAGUCAGAAUAAACCAGAAUUAAAAAAAACGUAUAAUUCUAUUGAACAAAAUCUACAUUAUUUAAAUAAACAUAUAGAAACAGCUAAGAAAGAUAGCUUAAUUCUAAAAAAAAAAAUAAGAAAAUUUUCAGAUCCUUUAUACCUCUCUAACUUAGAACAAAAAUAUAAGCAAGUAUGUUUAGAUAUAGAUAACACAAAAAAAAAGAUAAAAUUUUUAAAAGAUAGCAUAAGAAAAAAUGAAAGGCUACUAGACUCAAAUAAAAAAAAACCAAACAAAAUUACAUUAGAAAAAGAAUAUAAAAAUUUAUUAAAUCAACAAUCUACUCUAUGUUCUAGAUUAAUACAACUACAAAGCGCUAAUAAAUUAUAUGAAGAAAAUAUUUACAAGAUAGAUGAACAAUUUGAAGAAAUUAAAAAAAAAAUUAAUGAAUUUAAUAUAGAUAAAAAAAAUGGUAAAGACAAUUUUUUUGAUAUAGGAAACGAAAACUCAAAAGAAAAUUUAGAAAAAAGGAUUUUUAUGUUAAAUACAAAAAGAGAUGAUUUAAAAAAAGAAAAAAAUAAUAUUAUAAAUAUCCUAACUAAUACUCUUGCUAAAUUAAGAAAACAAAUAGCAAAUUUAGAAAAUGAGAAAAUAAACUUGCUAAAUGAAGAAAAAAAUAAUUUAGAUAAAUAUCAAAUUUUAAAAAAAACAUUAAACACAAAACUAUUAAAGAUAAAUAAAAAUGAAAACAGAGAAAAACAAAUAAUAAAAAAAAAUUGGCUGGAAAAGAGAGAAGACAAUGAAAAUACAAAAUUUGAUAUAAAUAAAAAAAAAAUAAAAGAGCAUACUUUAAUUAAUGAUAAAUAUAUUGGAGAAGAAAAUUUUAUUGAAAAUUUAUUAGAAGAAAAAAGUAUGUAUGUAAAAAACGAUAAAGAAAUAAAUUCCAAAAAGGGGUAUGAAGAAUAUAGCCAACCAGUAAAUUCUGAUUACAAAAAAAAUUUUAACAAAAUAAAUGAUUCUGGGAAAAAAAAAAAAAAAAAAAUGUAUUUGCCACAAUUUGAAGAAGAUAUACUUUUAAAACUUCAAAACAAGAUAAAUGAAAAAUUGCAACAAAGUGAAAGGAAUAAUUUAGAAAAGGAGAAAACUUCGAAAGAUAAGCCAGAACAACGUAAUAUAGAUAAUUUAAUGAAAGAAAAAAAAAAAAAUGAAAUAUAUAAUAAAAUGAAUGAAACAGAAAAGGACAUAUACUAUGACGUGUUAGAAGAAAAAAAAAGUAAUGCAAAAGAAAUUAUAAUAAAUGAUAAAAAUAAUAAAUGUUAUGAUAAAACAAAUAACGAAACAUAUAGAGAAGUGAAUAAUGUGAUUGAUAGUGAGGUUAGAGAUAAUAUAAAUAGAGAUACAUAUAAAACUAACAAUAAAAUAAGUGAUGAUAUUAAUGAUAAAAAUAAUGAUGAAGAAAAUGAUGAAAUAAGUAAUAGAAUAAAUAAAAAAUUAAAUAAUGAAACUAGUAACAAGAUAAACAAUGAUAUUAUAUAUGAAAUAAAUGUCGAUAUAAAUGAUAAAAUUUAUAAUGAAAAAAAUAGCGAAGUAAAAGAUAAAAUAGUUAAAGAAAUAAAAAUUAGAUUAGAAAAUGGAAUAGAUAAUGAGAUGGAUAAUAAAAUAGAUAGCGAAAUGGAUAACGAAAUAGAUAAUGAAAUGAAUAAUGAGGUGGAUAAUAAAAUAUAUGGCGAAAUAGAUAAUGAAAUGGAUAAUAAAAUAGAUAGCGAAAUAGAUAAUAAAAUAUAUGGCGAAAUGGAUAAUGAGAUGGAUAAUAAAAUAGAUAGUGAAAUGGAUAAUGAUAUGGAUAAUAAAAUAGAUAGCGAAAUGGAUAACGAAAUAGAUAAUGAAAUGGAUAAUGAAAUGGAUAAUGAGAUGGAUAAUGAAAUGUGUAAUGAAUUUGAUAAUAAAAUAGAGAAUGUACCAAAUGAUAAAAUUGAGAAUAAAUUUAAUGACGAAAUUAUUAAUGAUACAUAUAAUAAAAUUAAUAAUGAAAUACAUAAUGAAUUUCAUGAUAAAAUAGAGAAUGAAAUUAAUGACGAAAUAUAUAAUGAAGUUCAUGAUAAAGUAGAGAAUGAAACUAACAAUAAAAAUAAUAACGAAAUAGAUAAUGAAAUUAAGGAUGAAGCAGAUAAUGAAAUUAAUGAUGAACUAAAUAAUGAAAUAGAUAAUGAAGUUAAUGAUAAAGUAGAGAAUGAAAUAGACAAUGAAAUUAUUAAUGAUAUAGAUAAUAAAAUUAAUAAUGAAAUAUAUAAUGAGGUUAAUGACAAAAUAGAGAAUGAAAUAGAUAAUGAAGUUAAUGAUAAAGUAGAGAAUGAAAUAGAUAAUGAAGUUAAUGAUAAAGUAGAGAGUGAAAUAGACAAUGGAAUUAUUAAUGAUAUAGAUAAUAAAAUUAAUAAUGAAAUAUGUAAUGAAGUUAAUGACAAAAUAGAGAAUGAAAUAGAUAAUGAAGUUAAUGAUAAAGUAGAGAAUGAAAUAGACAAUGGAAUUAUUAAUGAUAUAGAUAAUAAAAUUAAUAAUGAAAUAUAUAAUGAGGUUGAUGACAAAAUAGAGAAUGAGAUAGAUAAUGAAGUUAAUGAUAAAGUAAAGAAUGAAAUAGACAAUGAAAUUAUUAAUGAUAUAGAUAAUAAAAUUAAUAAUGAAAUAUGUAAUGAGGUUAAUGACAAAAUAGAGAAUGAAAUAGAUAAUGAAGUUAAUGAUCAAGUAGAGAAUGAAAUAAAUAAUGAAGUUAAUGACAAAAUAGAGAAUGAAAUAGAUAAUGAAGUUAAUGAUAAAGUAGAGAAUGAAAUAGACAAUGGAAUUAUUAAUGAUAUAGAUAAUAAAAUUAAUAAUGAAAUAUGUAAUGAAGUUAAUGACAAAAUAGAGAGUGCAAUGUAUAAAGAAAUUAUUAAUGACACAUAUAAUAAAGUUAAUAAUGAAAUAAAUAAUGAAAUAAAUAAUGAAACAAAUAGUGAAAUAAAUAAUGAAGUAAAUAAUGAAAUUAAUAAUGAAAUAGAUAAUGAAAAUAAAAAAAAAGAAAAUGAAUUAUAA